GUGGGAGAAGGGCUCUUUCCUUUCCGUCUGGCGGCAGCCAUCAGGGUAGGCCGAGAUGGGUGCGUACAAGUACAUCCAGGAGCUAUGGAGGAAGAAGCAGUCCGACGUCAUGCGCUUUCUUCUCCGGGUGCGCUGCUGGCAGUAUCGCCAGCUCUCUGCGCUCCACAGGGCCCCCCGCCCAACCCGGCCCGAUAAAGCGCGCAGACUGGGCUACAAGGCCAAGCAAGGUUAUGUCAUAUAUCGGAUUCGUGUGCGUCGUGGUGGCCGCAAACGCCCAGUUCCUAAGGGUGCUACCUAUGGCAAGCCUGUCCAUCAUGGUGUUAACCAGCUAAAGUUUGCCCGAAGCCUUCAGUCUGUUGCAGAGGAGCGAGCUGGACGCCACUGCGGAGCUCUGAGAGUCUUGAAUUCUUAUUGGGUUGGCGAAGAUUCCACAUACAAAUUCUUUGAGGUUAUCCUCAUUGAUCCAUUCCAUAAAGCUAUCAGAAGAAAUCCUGACACCCAGUGGAUCACCAAACCAGUCCACAAACACAGGGAGAUGCGAGGGCUGACCUCUGCAGGCCGCAAGAGUCGUGGCCUUGGGAAGGGUCACAAGUUCCACCACACUAUUGGUGGUUCUCGCCGUGCGGCAUGGAGAAGGCGCAAUACUCUCCAGCUCCACCGUUACCGCUAAUAUAAGUAAUGUUUGUAAAAUUCUUACCUAAUAAACAAUUUAGGACAGUCAUGUCUGCUUAAAAGUGUUCUUUAAUUUGUCUGUUAAAAUUAGUUGUCUGCAGAUUGUCCCAUGAAUGCAUUGUCAAAUUAUGAAAAGUGCAAUAAUGUUUGAAGACUAUAAGUGAUGGUGUAUCUUGUUUCUAAUAAGAUAAACGCUUUUGUCUUUGCUUUAUCUUAUUAGGGAGUUUAUAUGUCAGUGUUUAAAAUGCUGUUUGGUAUAAUAGGUGUAAAAUAAAUUCUGUAAAAGUGGAAUGCAGAAGCUAGCCAUGUAGAUUUGUUGGUGCAUGUAAUGAAACCUACAGCUUCAUGGGGUGCUGAGAUGCUCUGGUUUACUCUCAAAUGGCCGUUUUUAGGGGUUUGGUAAGAACAACCUUUUUAAACUGGAUUUUGCUUAGAAAUGUGAAAAAAUAUCCUAAUCUUUAAUCGUGAUCGUAUGCAGAACAGUGUUAAAUAGGAAACACAUUUUUAGAUUGAAUCCAGUGUUCCAAUUAUGUAACUGCUGCUUUGGAAAGAAUGCCACCAUUUUUAAAAAAUUGAACAAACCUGUUGUAAGAAGGUUUUCUUAAAAAUGAAAAUAAUUCUGCACAAUGGAAGCAAAAUUGCAUGGGUUUCCUCCACAGUACCAUUGAAAUCCACAUAAAAAGUGGAGGCUCCUGGUUUUAUCCCACAACUUAAUGUAGAAUACCGAAUUUCAUACUAAGCAGUCAGUUAAUGGUAUUUACUCUGGUCUAUAUGAAAACUGAUGGAAAUUGAACAUUAGGCAAAUAAGACUUUACCUUAAGGUUUGUAAGCUAGUAACUAAUGCUAGAAUUGGGAAAAUGGUGACCAUCAGCCUUUCAAGUGUGAAGAUAAAGUUAACUUUGAUCAGAAUUUUAAAUACUUUAUCCCUGGUCUUUAUCCACUAGACACCUUAGAGGAAAAAAUAGGGUUGGCUUUAAAAGUACAUCAUUACUCAUUCCAAGUACUAAUUCUCUGGGUCAACCCACUUGUCCAAUUCCCUUAGGCUAUUGAGAAAGUCUCCUAGUUGGUGUCAAUAUGUCAGUUUCCAUUCUGAUCCUUACAUGUGUUCUCCACAGUUAACUUUUCUCAUCCUUAUUCAGACCCCUCAAAAUACUUGCCAUUGCAUAAACUUGCCAGCCCAGUUGUGCCCACCUUGAUGUAAGGUAUACCACCACAUUGUUUCCAUUCUGUCUUCCAGUAGAUGAGGUUUCUGUUUCCCAGAGUGAAUUUGAGGAAACAAAGGAGAGGAAUUGCCCCAGUUCUAAGUUUGCUGGCUUAAUCCAUCUAAUUGCUGGUUUCCUUGAAGCAGUUUUUAUAUUUUUUUUCAGGAGUCUUAGGCGUAGUUAAAUGAUUUCCAGAAAACAGGCUCAAAACCUUGAGACCUAAAUUCCUUUCCACUCAAAAAGAGAUCCUAAACCAUAUAUUUUGUGUGUAGAGUUUGUUCAACUAAAGGAAUAAAUGUUUAUUAAACUAAAAUGGACCUGUUAUUUCUUGUCAUCUAGUACUAAUAAGCAAACCAAAUACCCUAACGAAAAAAUUGUAAUGGCAGAAACAGCUACUUUGAGAGGAAAUAAAAUACGGUACUUAGUCUUGA